CCCUCUCCUCCCCCUCCCUCCCUCAUUCAGCCAUGGAGCCCGGGAAGAGGAUCAGUGUGGGCUCCAGAGGCCUGUGCCUGUGUCUGGCCAUUCUCUGCCUGCCAUGCAGCAGCCUUCUCUAUUCCAUCCCCCUGCAGCGUCCAGAGCACUGCUCAUUGCAACAAUACUACGACCCAGGGAUGGUGUCCUGUGUGCAGUGCCCAGACACCCAGCGGCCCAGCCAGGAUGGUCUAUCCUGUGAAUGCCUUCCUGGAUACAAAUUUGGUUCCAAGAAUGGUCCCGUUAUCACCUGCCACAAAUGCCUGGACAGAAUGGGUGUAACCACUGAUGGCUGGGAUUGCAUUAAAUGCCCUGGUGCAUUAACUGCAAGCGGCACGUGCCAGUGUUCUCCAGGAAAUAUACUGGUUGAAAGGUAUGUGAAUGGCACACCACUUCAUGAAGCUACAUGCAUUGACUGUGAUGGGUCCGAGUCAUCAUUGACGGCUCCUGACAAGCUAGGACUACGGUGUGAACGAUGUCCUCAAACAAUUAUCAGUCGGACCAACUCAUGCAGCUGCUACCAGCCAAAUACCAUGGCUGGAGGUAUUUGUUUUAAUGCAGUAGGUGGCCAUAUGCUGUCCAGAGUUAUUUCGACUAUCCGCUAUGCACAACUGGGAGUUUUGCUAAGAUCAGAAUGGCUUUCCAUUCACUUGCAGGCAGCAGCUGCAGCUUGUUUGCUGUACUCCAACCAUACAGCAUGCCAGGCUCUAGGGAACAUGUGUGUAAUGAACAUGAACUCUCUGAGUCUGCAGAGCGCUGACGCCUGUGGUCUGUUCCGGUACAAAUUCGCAAACACAGCCGCACGUGGAGUUGUCCAUUCCAUCUCUUACUGGAGGACCAAUGUUCCAUGGCUGUAUUAUGAUGACCAGCCGGGAUUAGCAGUCCGAGUACUUACAGCUUCUCCCUUCCCCGAAAACUUCAGCUUUAAGUGGGGUGAACAGGCACAGAACACAAAACUGUCAUUUUUAGCAGCUGUGUAUGAUGUGCGAGGGAAGUUCAUUGCAUGGAGGUCACUUCAAGGAGGCUUACUGCAGCUGUGUCCUGACACUUCCAAACGGCUGAAUGCUGCAUAUGAAUUUGGAACAACAUACGACCAAAAUUGUGAGCUGUCUGUGUCCAAGAUCCUCCAUGACUUUCCGGAACCUGUGUUUUAUGAUGUGUAUCUCUCCUACCUUGGAAGUGACAGUCAGCAGAAUAUAUGGCCUGUGCCCGUCUUAAACCUUAACCUUCAGUACAAUGACCAGUUUGUCAAUUUAGGAAACAAUGUUAACAACUGGCUGCUGACUCGUCGAAUAUUCUUGGUUGACACCCUAAGUGGACGAGAAAAUACUCUAAGCAGCUCACCGCGUGUGAUUCGAAUCGCCUCUAAAAUCACUAUCAGCAUCAGCCUGGUUCCUGGCACCCACAAAGGAACAAUUUACCCCCCACUCAUGACUGUGGAAUACGCAGAUAUACAAGUACAAAAUCCAGAGAGCCAGACUGUGAAGGUUUUUUUCUCUGUUCAGUAUGAAAUGAAUCAGGCUGAUUCUGUCACUCAGACAGAUGUGGCGUUAGGUGUGCUCGGUGGGCUGGCCGUGCUGUGGUCCCUUCUCAAAACUGCUGCAUGGAAAAGACGGAUUGGUAGCCAGGUCAUUGACUUGCAGACUGUGAUUCAGUUCUUGGUUAUAUAUGCUGGAGUUCUGGCCAAUGUGUUUUUUGCUGUGACUGUGGGGACUGGGGUUUACUGGCUUCUUUUGUUCAAAGGUCAGCAAUAUGUCUCUGUGCUACUGCCUCUACCCAGUAAUGAAAAAGACUUUAUAACUUAUGUGUCGUGUGCAUUUGUUUUGAAGGCCCUUCAGUUUUUGCACACUCUUAUUUCUCAGCUGACCAUUGAUAUUUUCUUCAUUGACUGGGAAAGACCCAAAAACAGAACUUUAAAAUCUGAAGGUGGUGUAAAGAGUGGUCCUGCACCUGUCAGUAUCUGGAGAUCUUACUUCAUUGCAAAUGAGUGGAAUGAAAUCCAGACAGUGCGCAAGAUCAACCCCCUUUUUCAAGUUUUCAUUGUACUCUUUUUUCUAAAGAUUGUUGGCUUUGAAAACCUGGCAUUACGGGAUUCAUCCUCCAGUCUCUCCAGAGAUCCACAAGAUUACAGGGCACCAUGGAGUUGUAUUCUGCGCUAUGGCGUGACCUCUGCAUUGUGGCUUGGCUUUGGUUCUUUACAGAUUCUAUUUUUUUCGGGAAUUUAUGAAAGAUUUGUGGAAGACAAGAUCCGACAGUUUGUUGAUUUGUGUUCAAUGAGUAAUAUUUCAGUGUUCAUUUUGUCCCACAAACGCUAUGGAUACUAUGUUCAUGGCCGCUCAGUCCAUGGGCAUUCUGACACCAACAUGGAGGAGAUGAACUUGAAUUUAAAGAGGGAAGCAGAGAACAUGUGUAGUCAGAGAGGGCUACAACCAAACUCGGAUAUACAGACUUUUCAGAUCUCUAUUUCUGGCAGGGUCCGAACCCAGUUUGACCGGAUACACAGCAAUCUAACAAAGAAUCACGGACCUUCUCGUUUUCUACAGAACUCACCAACUGCAUCUGAACAGAGCACAAAGGCUUAUCACACCAUGAAUAAAUUCCUCAGUGGCUUCAUUGACCAUGCCUUUAAAGAAAUGGAUUACUUUGUGAAAGACAAACUGCUUCUGGAGCGAGUGCUUAGCAUGGAGUUCAUGGAGCCAAUGGACAGAAGUAUCUUCUAUAAUGAUGAAAUUCAUUCCUUCAGUGAUGUUCUCUUCUACGGUCAUGAAUCAACGCUGCUCAUCUUUGAUACUUUGUUUUUCUGCAUUGUUGAUAUAAUGUCACAAAACUUUGUUCUGGCUGCAGUCAUCACUUACCUGCAGCAAGAGUGUUUUCGGCACAUCCGUGGAGUUGCGGGGCAGAAGAACCUGGCGUCCAAAAUGCUAAUAGAUGAAAGAUUUCUGAUAUGAGAAUGCAGUUGUGUACCAUCUGGUGAUGUGUUUUGACCAUUUUGUAAAUGUUAUGUUUUGUCCUACAAAGGAGAUAUAUUUUUCUAUCAUUUUAAUUUGUUCAGCCUGGGUUCACACUUUUGUGUUGCAGACACCGCAUUGCACCUGAACCAAAAUGGUGCAGGACCCUUUUUUUCCACACCUGAAUCACAUCUGCGUUUUCUGACAAUCACGCUGCGUUUUGCGAGCUGUUUGAAGGUGUCGUUAAUCCAACAUUGACACCUGUAGCAGAUUGCAUGAAUGCCGUGCGCUUGCAAUGCGGUGAGGGAAACACACAGAAUUUGUUUCAUUUCUCACAUCGUAUCAGUGUGACCCAGGGCUAAAGCUGAAUUCUGCAAAACAGUGUUUACAUGUUAACUACUACACAAAAUAACCACAGUGCUCUUUUCAGAGAAACAAUCUCCUUUCUAUAUAAAAAAUAAACUUUAUAGGACCACCUUUGCCUCUAAAGAGAUAUGUAACACUUUCCUCAGUGUGGUCACAUAAAGCUUGUAGUGCUGCUUAAAGCUGGUGGAUAAAAGUUUCUCUGCCCGUGUUCAGGAUCAGUGAACAUAUAGCUGCUCCCAUACCCUGAAGUGUAGAUACACCAAAGUAAGAUGUCACUCAAACCAACCCUGUGCUCUAGGAAUGUAUGUAACAAUGCCCUCUAAUGCAUUUCAGCCUGCCCACCGGUCUUUUGUUUUCUCUUCGUGACUAGGCCCCAGUGGGUGGGACGAAAUGCGUCAGUAGCAUAGUCAGAGCAAUGCUGGCUGUGGCCACACAUUGUUAAAAAUAUUCCUAAAGCACCAGAUUGGUAUGAGCGACGUCUUACUUUGGUCUAUCUGUCUUUCCUCAGUGUGUUAGUGUUAACACAGACACAUCAUAGCUCCCAAUGACACUCCUCAGACACCCUUCCUCUUUGCUCAUUCAAGGCAGUGAAAGUGUUUCCUGAUAGCCCACGUAAUGAUUUGAUCACUGCUGCUUACCUGUUCCAUUGCUGUAUCCCAAGUAGACUUUAAGAGAAAAUAGAAUGACCUCCCCAAUGUGACAGUUUUUGAGUCCGAGCAGUUAGUGGCAAGGGGCUGCACUGACACCAUCCACUAAGUAAGCUCCGACUCAGCCAGGAUGGACGUAUGUAGUUGGGAUACGACAAAGGAGCAUGGAUCGUUGGGUAUGCCUUGUUGUGUGGAUGUGCUAUCCAGAGACAAUGUCACUUUGAGAUAAAUGUGUAAAGUAAGUGUUUCUUAUAAUGCAAGGUGAGCAAAGACACCAAAUUGUUCUGGAUACCUGGUGUAGCGGAUCACACCGGAUUUAUAUCACCAGCCUUCCUAAUUUCAGAAAUGUACACAGAAUUGCUACAAUUACAUUCACAGAUCUAAAUAACUCAUGAAUAUAGAUUUUUUUUGUUUUUUUUUUUUGGCUUAUUUAGGAGUUUGUUUUGCAAAAGAUAAAACUUUACCUUUCAGUAUUAUAAAACUUCAGUUUUAAAAUAAAACAGAUUUUUGAAGAAUUACUCUAGAAAAGUGGUUCAUGUCCUUAUGAUAUUUAAUUUAAAGUAAAUCUGCGAAAAACCUAGGCAAUCGAGAUUGUAUAAAAUGCACUAAAAAAUUUACUAGAAAAUGCACAGGUAACGGUUAUUAUCAAAGGAAACUGCACGUCAAAACGAUUGGAAAUAUCAGCAGAUAAGGAUAUAUGCAAAUCUCAAUUUUUCCUGUAAAAGUUAAACUUGGUCCUGUCCCAUUAUUCUCCUGAGCCCUACUAUUGUUCAGUGAGGCUACCAGUCACAAUAAAAGGGCUCAUAGGAAAGAGUUGAAGUGGGAAUCGGUUUAAAUUUGAUGAAUACAAAAAAUUAUGUAAAAAUAUAACCGCAGCUGCCUAUA